AGCCUGCACUCAGUCGGGUUGAAUUUGAAUAGACUUUGGGAGGCAACGUCUCCAGUGUACAGCAGCACAAAGUCCCAUGCUUUGAAAAACAAAAAUAUGGCGGGAUUGAAGGAUUUUACUGCUUCGCAAAUAAUAGCAGGACGGCGAUGAGUCUUGGAUUUUGUUUUAAAAGCUGUAAGGUUUUUGCGCGAACAGUGUUUGGUCCCGCUGGAGUUAUUGGUAUGAAAUAAAUAUGCCCUUUCAUCAGAGGAGCAUUGAGCCGCGGCGUGUUAGCAGGUUAUCGCCGUGUGAUGGCUGGAUACCGAGGGAAGAAAACGGGAAAGGCAAACUGCGAAAACCCGUAUUGUUCUCUUCAUUGGAUGAGGUUGGCUGUCAUACACUUGUAAACAUUAUUCACCAACUUUCCGACCUUUCUCGACAUGCCAGCGACAUCUUCCUGGCCAUCGAGAUGGAGGCAGGCAUGGUGUUCAGAAGAUCCUGCAGGAUUCAGGGGAGACUGCAAAGGCUGCAGGGAGAAAUCCGCCAGUUUGAUCCCAAGAAAGUCACAAUCCCUGUGUCCAACCUGGAUGAGGAGAGCAAGUGGACGGUGCAUUACACAGCUCCGUGGCACCAGCAGGAGAACGUCUUCCUGCCUGGCAGCCGCCCCCCCGCCGUAGAAGACCUCCACCGCCAGGCCAAAGUCAACCUGAAGAGCGCCCUGCGAGAAUGCGACAAGUUGAGGAAAGAUGGAUUCAGGAGCUCUCAGUACUACUCUCAGGGUCCCACCUUCUCUGACCCCUUACAGUCCAACAGCAGCCUGCAGGAUGAAGAGGAGGAUGAUAAGAAGUCCACAGCAUCAUCAGCGGAGGACGACAAAUCUCAGCUGUCCAUGAGGCCCCAGACCCCCCAGGAAGGCGUUGAGGGAGAGGAGGGGUACGAGGUUGACGGAAAGAUUGUAUGGAACAAGGGCGCACCCCUCCCCACCCCGGAGCAGAAGAUGAGGCUGGCGGCUCAGGCCGUAGCCACAGACAUCGUUGCUAUCAACGUCACAGGGGCCGUGUUUGACCGGCAGGCCACCGUCCGGCGCUCCCUCAUUAACUCGGACACCGUGUCCCGCCGGCCCAAGAAGGUCAAACGCAGAAAGACUAUAUCAGGGCUGCCUGACAACUUCAACCAUGAGCUAGCAAAAGGAGAUCUCCGACCGCAUUCCAUGUUCAUCCCGGGACAGUACUCCACCUUGGGCAGAGUUGGGAGCGUCAAUUCGAUGCUCCGACAUUCGGUCACCAGAGACUCCGGCUGCCAGACAGAAGACGUGAAGGUUGUGCCCCCGUCCAUGAGGAGGAUCCGGGCUCAGAGAGGACAGGGGAUCGCGGCUCAAAUGGCCGGCAUUUCUGCUUCCUCCUCAACAGGAAGUAUAUCCGUCUCGAGCAGUGACAGCUCGGGGAUCAUGAUGCUGCCGCAGUACAACAGAGAUCUUUCCCGUUUUCACAGUCUGCCUCGACCGGGGGCCAGAGUGUCUCUCAGUGCUGACCCCAUCUAUAGCAGCACCCCCAUCAAGUCAGAGGAGCAAACUACGCCUCAGAGGCAGAUUGGGAGGCUGCAGGUUGACGACACAGUGGUGCACAUGAGAAAUGCCCCAAGGACAGGCACCCUUCCCCGGCCCAAGUCUCAGGAGCUGAGGGGGGCGAAAGCCAGUGAUUGGGGGGGUGGCCCAGCAUGUGUGGUCUCCCCACAUGCUGCCUAUUCCACCUCCCUCCUCCCCAACGCCACCCUGUCCAGCUCCUCUGAGGUCAUUAUGCUCAACACCUCUGGUCCCUCCCCUUCCUUAUCUUACCCCACAGCUCAUCCGCUCAGUCUGGCUUCCUCCACCAACACAGACCCCAUGAGCCCCAGCCCAACCUCUUUUACCCACAGUUCCACCUGCCCAGCCUUGGCCACCUCGACCCCCACUCACCCACUAAGGGAUGGCGGUCUGGUGGUCGCAGCACCGGCCAGCGAGUUGGGGCACUCUGACAGCAGUAUACACAGCCGCAGCACCUUGGCGCCCACGCCGCCCUCCGGACUGCCAGAGGAACAGUGGAUCUACGACACGCCAGAAAACAUGGUGCUUCCACACCGCACCUUGACCUCCAGCUGCUCCACUCCCAUAAACCAGCUGUACGGCAGCCUGGACCACUCCUCCAGGACUACUACUGACUCCAGCUCCCUCUAUUCCCAAGACAAUGACGGAUACUACACCUCCAUGCACAUGGACUCAGGCCUGCGCUCUCGCAGCCAUGGCAGUGGGCACGGAGCGGCGCCUGCACGGGCCACCAGGCACAGCAUGUACGAGUGCCGGGAGAUGGCCAACCAGGAAGACACUGGAAGCUUGUACAGUGAUCGCUCGCUGUCACGGAGCAUCUCACUCCGCAAGUCCAAGAAGCCUCCGCUGCCUCCAGCACGCACAGACUCUCUCAGACGUAAGACCUCUGUGAAAAAGCCCCUCGGAGGCGUAAGCGCCAUCAGCGGUGCUAAGGAGCCAAACGGAGCCAUGCUCAAUGAGACUCUAAUUGCCAGCUUGCAGCAGAGCCUGCAGAUGGGGCUGAGAGGAGGGAAUGGGGAUGGGGCUUCGCCUUCCUCGCCCUCUCACAGCCCAUGCAGCGACUACGAUGACCCUUGGGUGCUCCGGCCACGCAGUCAGAGUAGCACCAGUGCAUGUAGCUCUGCAGCGUCACUUUUAGCUAAUGCCAACUGUGGCGGCGUGUCUAGCGUGUAUUCGCUCUGCCAUGUGACGCCUGCUCAAAGCGACACCAGCAGCUUGCGCUCAGACUAUGCUGAUUCCUGGGGCUACUACAUGGACUACCCGCGUAACCAAGGAGACCAGAGGGCACACUCCCCUCAGGCUCAUGGCACAAACAACAUGUUGGCCGAGGCUCACCCCGGAGAGUUACACAAUGGAGGUGAGAUCCUGAACGGCAGCCAGGCGCCUGGAGCUCCAGGGCAGGAGGGAGGCGUGGCAGCGAAGCCCAAGAUGUCCACCUCCUCCCCGGACCGGGUGCACAGACUGACCUCGCCGUCCAGCGGCUACUCCAGCCAGUCCAACACCCCCACAGCUGGGACCCCCGUCCCCUCGUUCAUCAGGUCCAUGUCUCCCUCGGGGACCCGGCCCAGGCCCAGGGUGCCCGAGAGGAAGUCCUCUCUCCUCUCCUCUGUGUCCAUGUCCUCCUCUUCCACCUCCCUCUCUUCCAACACCUCCGACUCAAUUAAAAGCUUCGGACCUCCUCCCCUACCACCUCCACCCUUGCCACUCCUCUCCUCCUCAGCUCCCACCACCCCUCUGAGCCCACCUCCAUCCUUUCCUGCCCCUCUACCGCCAAGCUCCAUCGCAGGCCCUCCUCCUCCUCCAGCUCCCCCGUUACCAACCACUCCCCAGGGUCAAACACAGAGCCCACCCCCUGCUUGCUCCACCUCCCCUGAUUUCCCUCCUCCUCCAUCCCCUGAUACACUAUUCCCCUCCAGUUCAUCCUUCAAUGGGAGCUUCAGUCCUCCACCUCCCCCGCCUAUCCCCUCUACAGGGCCCCCUCCACCUCCUCCAUUGUCUGCUUUUGUCCCACCUUUCUCCUCCCCAGCCUUUCCUAAAGCAGCUCUCUCCACCAGCCCUACGAAGUCACCUAAUCCCCUGAUCACCCCGUUUGCGCUGCAGAGCGUUCAGCUCCGCUCUGUCAGGCGGCCAGAGAAGGAGAUGAACGGCACGUCAGACCACACCAAAGCUCAGGGAACAGGGCUGGACCUCCUUCAGGGUCUCAAGCCCCUGCAGAAGUCUCACUCCCUGGAGAAUCCCACUAUGCUGUCAAACGGCUCCCUAGAAGAAGAUUCUCGUAACUCCUCACCAUCCCCUGUCUCAAAGCUCUUAGAAGACUUCCCUUUUGACUUCAGUAUCACAGAAGACACGACAGAUAGUGCUGUCAUAAAUGGACAAGCUGAGGAUCAGAGUUACUUUGUCUUACACAGAAGAGAAAAAGCAGAAGAACAGAAUGUAUUGCCAAGCCCCCCACAGAGCUCUGAAAGCUCCCCUGUCAAACAGAAGCCCCCAGUCGUCUCCAAGAAACCCCAAAAUGUCUUUACUCCACCAUUUAGCCCCCAACCAAUCAUUGAACAGAUUCCAUCUCAGCAUGAGGGUACAACCAGCCCGUUACAGACAGAAGACCAAGUGGAUGCGCUGCAAAGACAAAUGAAAGAAGAUAACAAAAGUGAGCAACAGGAGGAAGAGGAAACUUCCGAGACCUCCGAGGUUCAAGCUAAGAGCCGUGAAACAUCUCCCAUAAUAACCCAGGAGGAGCACACACCUGCUGCUGCCGGCCAAUCAAGUCCUGACCAUGCAGUGUAUACCAAUGGAGAGGCUCACGAAGAGGAAGAGGAAGAGGAGGAGGGAGAUGGAACAAGUAGCACGACAGGAUCCGUCAGCUCCAAGGAGGACGACACAGGUGAGGUGUUCUUCUCCAGCACGGCUGAAUCGUCUCCGAUCCCGUCAGCCAACGGGGCCUCUGAGGAGAAAAUGGUGACCCCGACUCCCACCCGGCCCCGGACCACAGAGGACCUUUUUGCCGCCAUUCACAGGUCGAAGCGGAAGGUCCUGGGACGCAAGGAGACGGAGGAGGACAAGUCCCGGGCUGGGAGCCAACCCCAGUCUCCACCGGCCACCCCAACUGGGGGCUCCCCAGUGAUGGGGUCCCCGGGCAUGGUGUCUCCUUGCCCCCGCCAGACAGGCUCCAUCCAGCGCAACCUCCGCAAGUCCUCCACAAGCAGCGACACCUUCAAGGCCCUCCUCCUGAAGAAGGGCAGCCGCUCAGAGACCAGCUUCAGGAUGUCGGCCACCGAGAUGCUUCGCUCCACCGGCCCUCGCACCCAGCGAACAUACUCCGAGUCAGCGUUGGACUCUCCUGCUGCUUCUCCCUCCUCACUGGGGUCCCCAAACAGCCCCUGCAGCUCCCCAGGCCGCGGGAAGAGCACAGAUGAGUGGAGCCGCUACGACGCGUUCUCCCUGUCCUCGCCGACAGCAUCGACCUAUUCAAUGAGCGGGUUCAAGUACGGGCGCUCCCGCACGCCGCCUUCUUCCGCUAGCAGCAAGUACAACGCCCGCAACCGAAUGCUCAGCAGCCCAAUGACAGUCAUCUGUGAGCGGGAGGGGGAGCUGGCUGAGAGCGAGUACGGAGACCCUGCAGAAAGUCUGUCCGGACCCUCGGCUCAGACCCUGGCUGUACUCAAUAACUCCAAUGGCACUUUAUCUGGAGAGAGCAGAAGUUAACGAGCAAGGAGCGCCCCUUAGAUACAGGGAGCUAACUCUAUCAUCAUAACCAGGUAGCAGGCAGGAAGAGGAGCCAAUAGUUGGCCCUCUGGAGAGAACUUCCUGUGCCACUCCCCCUCAAAGCCCCGAAGGGGUGGGUGUCAGGUGCUGAUGUGAGGUCAGAGGUCACCCCGUCAUGGACAGAGCUGAACUUUAUCUGAAGUGGACUGGUUGUGCUGCAACUUUUCAUGGAUUCUCACUCUGUCCUUCGUUUCACAUUUGUGUUGAAAGAAAAGUGUUUCUUUACACCUGGUGUUUUAAGUAUGUUUUCCAUUUGUUUGACUGUAUCAUGUCCCUAACACGCAGGACCUUUUACGUUUCUUUGAAGAACAAGGUUGGGGUGGUAAACUAAGAUGAAGUGAAGGAAUUGAAAAGUAACUUUGCUGCUGUGGUGCUACGUAGCUUGGCAAUUGGAAAGAGUGGGAUGUAGACGCUCGACUUGUGAACCUCCUCAGCUUCUGCUUCUCUUCUGUUGGCUCUGGAAAGUGUUUGAAUGCACCCCCUUGUGCAAGUGUUGGCUUCAAACAGCUCAUAACAUUGUGGAAAGAACGAGAGGUAGUGGUACGACAGAGAGCACCACGGUACCUCUUAAAGGGGACCUAUCAUGCAAAAUGCACCUUUGUACGUCUUUUAUAGAUGAAUGUGUCCCCGGUGUGUCAGGGAACACAACCCUCUCUCUUUUCCUCCAUACCCAACAUCUCUAAAAACGGGGCUGCAACAGAUUUGAUACAGACUGAUACAGAUUUGAAAAUAGUCUAACGUCAGUGACGAGGAGCUCCGCCUAUAUGGCCAACUCUCCACCAAUCAGGGGAAUGAGAGGUUGCCAUGGCAUGGUAACAGCAUGGUAACAUGACACUCGUAACUCGACCCCCUCCUUUGCAGGGGGGCGUGGUCAGCUGCAGCUCAUGCAAAGACAGGGUGGAGGAGAGCAAAAUAGAGCGAAACGAGGCAUGGCUAAAAUGCAUGAUCCGUUUGGUAUUUUGAAAAAGAAAACGUAUAAAUAUACCUUAUAUAGGUAUGGCCCUACAAUAUAUUAUUCAAAUAUAGCAUGAUAGGUCUCCUUUAAGCUGUGGGUAUGGCCAGGUUUUGCUUCUUGUUCUUAGGUCAGAGCUGGUGUGUUCAGUGGUCCGUAGAAAGUGCAGAGGGCUCAGAGCUUCACCUUGAUGGCCAGGAAGUCAAAAACUGUGAAGUUUGAAAGACACCAAAACAGAAAACGUGUUCUAAAAACGCUCAUAACAUUUGAGUUCAUAUAUUUUGCAUUGUUCAUAGGUCCUUUUCUUUGUUUGUGACUUUAAAAACAUGUUUUAAAGAUUGUUUUAAUAAACAAGUGAUGUCAUGACUUGUGUUUGGGAGUUCAGUAUGAAUCUAUACAUGUAAAGAGGGGAUGACAUUAAAAGAGAAGCUUAUGUUACCAAAGAGCUGAAAAAUAAUCUGGAAGUGAACACAAUCUGAGUUUGGCUUCUCACCACGCGUUGCGGUCGAGUCGUCGCUAAGUUUGCUGCGACCUACUAGAAGCUUUUAAGGGCUCGAAUGAUUUCUAUAAUGUUAACAUUUCUGCUCAGUUUAUCUUUUUGCAGUUUUAUAUGAUUCUGUAUGUAAAUACAUAGAGGACUUUUAAGUAACAUUUUGACUUGUUUUCAAAGACUGUACAUUUUUUAGAGCCCAGCGUUUGCUGAAAGGGAGUGGUUUCCUAUUUGUAGAUUAUUUAUUAUAUACACAUAGCAGGGCUGCAAAGGUGUUGCGAUCUUAGUUCACCAGAGAGGUGAUGGAGGUGCAGGGAGGGCCACAUUUACUACGCUGAUCCCUCCUGGCUGUUUCCUUCUUUUAAAAGUGCUUCAUAUAACAACAAAAAUGCAAUCAUGUCAAUAUUUGUGCUACAUCCUUCAACUGCCCUUAAUCCUUAGCCAUGCAAAGCCAGCACUGGUGCUCUCAGCUGAGUAAAUGUGGUCUCUAUGGAGUCAUAAAGUGAGGAGACAGGCGUGAGACUUCCUAACCUCCUAACAGCCAUAACACCCCGUGGGUAAUUACCUGUGACCAAAGUGUGUCUCUGAGACCCCGCUCGGCCAUGAUUGAGCACUUGGGGCUCCGAGCUUUGUCUCAGGACAGGAAAGCGUCUCAAUCGCAGGCAGCUUGUGAAAAGACACGACAGAAAAAGUACUUGGGGAAGAGCUGCUGAAGCUCAUGUGUAUGUCUGUGUAAUAAAAACAAAGUGAUAUUUAAA